AUGGGGCGAGGCCACGGCUUUUUCGGCGGCGGGAAAUGGAACUCGUACGGGGAGUAUUUCCGCCAUAAAAACCAAAAGAUGCACCAGCAGAUGCAAAACUCGCUGCGGCAGCAUCCACAGUCACUUGGCGAAGAAGAUGCGACUCCUUCUGAUGAAUUAAAACAUGCUCCAUCACGAAGACAAGGGAGGGAACACGAGCCGAGUAGUGGCACAGAGGGACCUCGAAAACGCGAGAAAAACGACACGGUAGUGGACGGCGGUUCAGCCGUGAUUUCUUCUUGGGAUUCUCACGCUUGCGUUGCAUCGACCUCUGCGGCGUCUCCGCCCAACACAGGAGAAUGCUUGUCCUUGAUUCCAACCCCUGGAAAGGAGCUGCGACAACUAGGCAAGUCUCCCCCCGGCUUUAUUCCUGGUCUCCACAUAUGCCCAUCCUCCGCCUCAUGUUCCGGUGUACAUACAGCGUAUGAGGAGAGCCGCUACGCUCGCCGGGUGCGCGAGUUACUUUUGAACGAGAGCCCGGAAGCGCGCAGCCUUCUCAAUUCGUUCCUUUUCAAGAACUGUGUGUUCUAUGUUGACGGAGACACUCUGGGGAUGGACGACAUUUGCUUCAAAAAGCUUCUGCUUCUUCUGGGAGGACGCAUAUGCAUGCUGCCUGGCAAGGGAUGCACGCACAUCAUUGCAGAGACAGUCGCGAUGGGAAACCAGAGGUGGCGGCGCCUGCGCGAGCAAGGAGGAGAAGGCAGAAAGUACGUGGUCGUGACUGUAAAGUGGGUGUUUGAGUGUAUCAACAGAGGCAAGCUUCUACCAGCCUCCGAGUUCCGACCCGCAGAGCUGCAGACGAGACGACGCUACGCCAGUAAAUCGAUUGACUCCUUCUAUGCCUGUCGCACGGGCGAUGGAGAGACAGGAAUACCAGCCAAAUCGCCGCGUUUACUCGACGCGACUCGGCCGAGUGCCGACGCAGAUGAAGAUGCGCCAGACGGAGCCGCCUCUGCGGCGGCGACGGAGAGGCCACCGCGGAUUCUGAGUCCUCAGCAUCCUUCGUUUGUCUCCUCGUUCUUCGAAAAUUCGCGUCUCCAUUUCAUCGGGAGAUGGAGAACGCGAUGCAUGAAUACGCUGGCGACGAUUUUGAGCAAGGAGUGCCGAGACCAGCAACAGAGUGACACUCCCGCCUCUUCUUCUUCUUCUUCUUCUUCUUCUUCUUCUUCUUCUUCUUCUUCUUCUUCUUUGUUUCGACUAGAGGACCCUAGGGCGCGUCCAGGCGUGCUCCUACCCUUUGCACUGCCUCUGCUCUGUACGCCCCCGGCACACUUGGAUGUAGCAGUAUCGGCCGAAGCAGCCGCAGCUUUUCCGGCAUCUCCUUCACUUUCUUCCUCUUCUUCUCCUUCCUUGUCUCGUGCGUUUUCUGGAGGAAUGCUCGAGAGGCUUUUUCUCGCGCCGAAGGGGUCACCUUCCCGCUUUCCGCGUGGACAGGCCGCAACGAAGAGGCGCGGGGGAGCGAAGGAGAGGUCGCCAGGAGAUGAGACAAAGAAGGACGAGAGCGGGGGAGAAAGAGCUCGUGGAGAGGAAGAAGAUGAACGAGCGAGAGAGAAUAAGCGAGAAGGUGAUUGUAAACCUCAUUUGCGAUGGAUCGUCCACGUCGACUUCGACGCCUUCUUCGUUGCUGUCGCUCUCAAGAAGAGACCCCACUUGAAGGACUUUCCAGUUGCUGUAGCCCAUAGCCGCGGGUCGGGAAUAGGGAAGGUUGCAUCGUCGACAAGCGAGGUCGCGAGCUGUAACUACGUCGCGCGAGCUAGCGGUGUGUUCAAGGGGCAGUGGCUGGGCGAAGCGAGGGAACGGUGUCCGGGCCUGAUUGCACUGCCUUACGACUUUGACGGCAUCGAAGAAGCUAGCGAAGGACUCUUUGCAUGCGUGCUCCAGAUAUCCCGUCGGAUUCUCCCAGUGUCGUGCGACGAGUCCCACGAGAGCUCGCUUUUGUCUUUCAUGGAACACGUGCCUCUUCGCAGGCUACCUGGAGUGGGGAGCGUUCUGGGAGACAAGGUGGAGCACGCGGGGCACUUGCGGAACUGCGGCCACGUCGUGGAGAAGGGAAUGCACAGUCUGCGUCUUCUUCAGAAUCUUCUCGGAAGGAAACGUGGCGCUAUGGUUUGGUGGAUGGCGCAUGGCUUUGACCCUCGUCCACUUCCCCCCUUCUGCCCUUCUGUCCUGACUCACUCUUCUUCUUCUUCCUCCAACUUGCGAGUUUCUUCGGACAAAGCCGGGCUCCGCCCCUGCAGCCUGUCUCCGCUGUCGUCGUCCCUCAUGACCGACGACUCUCGAUCGUCGGGCCAAGCAUCAGGAGAGGCUGGAUCUUCCGUUACCGUCGCUGCCUCUCCGGCCCUGGCCUCUGCUGUGUCGCCCGCUCUGGGGGUUUCCACAUCGAGCACGUCUUCCUUCUUGGUGUCGCCGUCUUCUUUCUCUGGCGAAGAGACACUCGAAGCAGGUGCGACGGCGGUUCCCAGCUCGCGCAGUUUGACCAUCAGCGUCAACUGGGGCAUUCGACUGCACGAGGAGAAGGACGUCGUGGAUCUGCUCAGACAGCUCGCCGGCGAAGCGCACACAAGGCUCCGCAUGCAUCGACUUGUUGCUCCGCGCCUGGGUUUAAAGAUUUAUCACAGGCGCGCCGGCGUUCCGGUGGAAACUGAAAAAUUUCUUGGCGCGGGAGUCUGCGAUGUCCUCGCGGGGUACCGCCUCUGUUCGGAGUCUCUCCCCGCGAGCGUGGCGGCGCGGGUGGAGUGUCUAAACGUCCCUGUCCCUUCGGCUUCCGGCGACUGGUGCGUGGAAGGAGGCUCAACGGCAGCGGAGACACAACCUCCAGGGGAACAAGGGAGAGAGACGCGAGCAGAAGGGAGGAGCCGCACGGACGGAAAGACGCCGGCAGCCGUACAGGACCAGGCGGACGUCUUCAGAGAACUUGCCGCCCUCUGGUUCACGCAGUUCCAAGGCGCGUGUCCCAUAGAAGAUCUUCGAGGCUUCAACGUUCUUCUCCUGAGUCUGAGGACUGAGCGCGAACAAGCGGAAAUGGAGGAGGCGGAGUCGCAUCGCAGUCUUCAGCUGCGCCGCCAACGGGAAAUCAUGAGCAACUUUCUCUCUCUCGCCUCACCCGCGACAGCUUGUUCUGCAACCUCGCCGGGGGCUGUCGAAACCAGCAGUCGAGGUGAGGAGAGAGAAGUCGUGGUCGUCUCGUCUCAGGAAUAUAACGAAGACGCUUCGAGUCAACGCACACGCACUCUGCUCCCUACGGCAAAUACAGACAACGCUACGGAUGAGAAGGAAAAGGGUGGAGAGAGUGAAAAGGAUGAAGACAACGAGAAGGAGGAGACGGGGAAAGUGACAGAGAAGAAGGAAGUCGGGGGAAACUCUCUGGUCGUCGAGAGUCAAACGCUUCUGGGAGGCGAGGCAGACAGCAACGGCGCCGAGGACGGGAAAGGAGCAGGAAAGGGAGAAGCAGGAAAUUUAGAGGGAACGGAAAGAGAUUUGGAGCGAGAGGAAACUGAAGCCAGGACGAAGCGCACGAGACGGUCGCAGUGCGGACAAGAUGCGCCCCGUGGUGAAUCUGAAAGCCAGAACUCGCCUGCCUUUCUAGAGCCCAAAAUUAUGUCUCCGCUACCUCGAAGUCGCCCGGAGGACCCUGGCCGUUCUGAACCGAUUCGAGGGGGGACGUCAGAGACUCAAGAAGGGAGAAACGCGGCUCGAACUGGGUUCCUGUCUCGGGACAAGGAAGGCGGACGACGCACGCCAAGCAAAAGCCCAGCCUCACUGGUGCGCGCGACGAGGAGAGAGAAGAAAAGGGGGCGAGAAGACGGGAAACAGCAACUGCUCCCGCCGCUGCUGACGGACCAGGCCGAGGGGGGAAGAGAAAGAAGAAAGAGAACCUCUGUCGUUUUUCGAGAGGUUAUCUCUCUCUUGAAUGACGAGGAAUCCCAGGAAGGCCCAGGGAAUUCCGAUCCUGUACCCAGUCGCUCGCCCCACUCGGAAGGCCGCGACCCCGCGUUUGGAGCCCAAGGCAACGGAGACACUUUCUGGAGGCCAACGGGGACCCGACACCAGGCACAGGGAAGCGACGGCAACGCGGUGUGCAGCACACUGGACAGCGACAGCGAGGACGAGAGUCCUGAGGGAGAAUGCGGUAAAAGCGGACAGGAAGGAGACAGGCGCGAAGGGGUCGGCCGUCGACCAGCCUCGGUUUCGAAGACAUCAAUAGCGCCUAGAGAGCACGAGAGCGACGGCAGGGAAAGCGAAGAAGGAAGCUACGAAGGAGACAGAGAACAUAGGGUUGACUCACCCGUCGUGCCGAAGCAGGUGAUUGAACUGGGAGACGAGGGCGAGGCCCGUGGGGAGGAAAGGGGAGCGGAGGGAGCCGGCGGUGAAUGUACAGCGGAAAUGGAGCCGGAGGAGGGUGAAGUCUUUCUCUCCGCGCGAGAAGAAAUGGAGGUCGAGGCUCUACCUCGGCAGGAAAAUGCUGAUCAAAAAGCAAGCGGCGGCGACAGGCUCGAAGGAAGAAGAGCAUCGCGCCCCGCUUCGCCUCCUCUCGCUAUUGGGAAAGCAGCCGGCUCACAUCUCUCUUCGACGCCUCGCACCGCUCUGUCGAUUUCGUCACCAUCCGCGCCACGACUCGGGCCCGUCCCAAGCUCUCCCCAGACUUUCCGCUCGUCGACAUCUCUGCCUCGGCAAGUGCCUUCCUCCACCAUGCCCGUUCCAUCUCCUGCGUCUUCCUCUCCUCGACGACGCGAACGGAGCAGACCAAGGGUGGGAAGGAGAGAGGGAGACGAGAGGAGACAUUCGGCUGCCUCUCUCGUUCUUCGCGACUCCCUGCAUGCCAUCACGGAGCUGUGGAGAGAGAGCGAUGGCCUGCAGCGUGCGUCGCCCCUCGCGUCUGGUCCGACGAAGCUGGCGCUUUCCCGCGUCGCCGCGCAAGUCCUCGUGGUGGGGUUCCUCCGGGCUGCUCUGUUUGCUGCGUCUGCAUGCGCGACGGCUGGGGAAACCAGGCGCUCCGACAAGGGCCAGGGGCAGAGACCAAGCGGCGGACUCGAACGCGACGGUCUCGACGAGAGCCGAAGCGAAAAGAAAGACAGAGAAGGCAAACAACCUGAGAGAGUGAUCAUACUCGACCAGGUGACUGCCGACCGCAGCCCCACGCCCUCCUGUCCGCUUUCCCAUCCGUUCUCUUCUUCAGCUUCCGUUUCUUCACCUUCCGCACGUGUUCCGUCCCUGUCUUCUUCGGCUGACCUUCGGUGGCGCUCUGCGUUCCUUCGGGGCUUCGACAGGGGAAUUGCAGAGGCGCGGUCUUUCUGUCUCUCGAGCGCUGCGCCAGGAUCCGGAGUCUCUCUCGCGUUUCUUUCUCGCGCAGUGCAUCGACGGGCUCGUCGAGCUGUCUCGCUCGCUCUUGCUUCCAGAGAGGCCGCUCGCCAGAUGAGGGCUUUCGACGAGCGCGGACGAAGCAGCCGAGAGGCGGUAGGAGGCGCACAGACGCUGUCGCAGGCGGAAGUGGGGAAGUGCGCAGCAGGCGAACAAGAGGGAGGAAACGGAGCAGAAGAGGGAGACGGCACAUGCGGUGAAGGAGACAUCGACGGACCAGAGAAUAGAGAGGGGGGGAGAGAAGAGAAGGAAGAGGAUGGAGCAGAGAAUAGAGAGGCAGAGCGGCGAGAGAGAGUCAGGGCAGGCGCAGAGCAAGGCGGCCGUGUGCGCGACGCGGGGAGCGAGAGCGAGACGGGCACUUUAUCGGGAGAGGAAGACGAAGAGGGAGACAGACUGGAGUGGGCGAUGAGCCGCGAACUGCUCGCUUUUUUGGGUGGCGAAAGAAGGAACCAGCCAGAGAGAGACUUGUCCACGGAACGGAGGGAACGAGAAGACGAGGAGCAUGCACAGGAAUUCGAGAGCCCCUGGGAGGAAACGAUCCAGUCACCCCACGAUUCUCCAGCUCACCAGAGGUCCCCAGACACCGAAGCGGGACAGCACGGAGCGAAGGAGAAGGAAUUCGCUGCGUUAGAGCAAGAGAGGGAGUGCGAACUGAUGGGCCUAGCACAGGUGCUGCCGUCUCGUGUCAAGCUCCUCUUCAACUUUAACCUUUGCUGA